CCUCCUCCUUUCUCUCCUCCCCGGCCAGCCAGGAGCCACGUCACCCAGCGCUGCUCCGGAGCUGCUGAGAGGACAAAACCCAACUUCGCUCAGGCCCUGCACGGAAGGGAAAGGCGGCAACGGGGACGCAGUUCUGGGAGGGAGAAAAUCCAGGGACAUCAGGGCAGGGGACGUGGAGCCUUGGGAGGGCACAGAGAAGAGAGCUCUGGGAAAAGAGAAAGUUCAGCCGGAGGAGAGCGCAGGCUCUGCUGAAGACGGAGCUCCCCGCGGGGUUUUACAGCCGCCCUCGCCCACCGCCGCCAUGAACAUCUUCCGCAUCCUGGGGGACGUCUCCCACUUGCUGGCCAUCAUCAUCCUGCUGGUGAAGAUCCACAGGUCCAAGUCCUGCGCUGGAAUCUCAGGGAAAAGCCAGAUUCUCUUUGCCCUCGUCUUCACUACCCGCUACCUGGACCUGUUCACAACCUUCAUCUCCCUCUACAACACCGUGAUGAAGGUCAUUUUUUUGAUAUGUGCCUACGUCACCGUGUACAUGAUCUACGUGAAAUUCCGGAAAACAUUUGACAGUGAGAACGACUCCUUUCGCCUGGAGUUCCUCCUGGUCCCCGUCACAGGCCUGUCCUUCCUGGAGAACCACAGCUUCACCCCCCUGGAGAUACUCUGGACCUUCUCCAUCUACCUGGAGUCCGUAGCUAUCCUCCCUCAGCUCUUCAUGAUCAGCAAGACGGGGGAAGCAGAGACCAUCACGACACACUACCUUUUCUUCCUGGGCCUCUAUCGCGCCCUCUACAUCGCCAACUGGGUCUGGCGCUACCAUACUGAGAAGUUCUACGACCAGAUCGCCGUGGUCUCUGGCGUGGUCCAAACCAUUUUCUACUGCGACUUCUUCUAUCUCUAUGUUACCAAAGUCCUAAAAGGAAAGAAGCUAAGCCUUCCAAUGCCUGUUUGAAGCAGUUUCCAGACAACGCCAGACGUUCCAAAGAUGAAACUCUUUUGACCGCAGCUUUCCUUUUCCUGGCCCUUGUUGACUGAAGAACAGCUCAGCUGAGCUUCGCUCCAGCGCCAGGAAGACAGCGAGGCCGGGACAGCUGGUACGCUCGUCACCUGGAUGAGACUCUCCCUCCAUUUUGUUGCUUCUUCUUACUUGAAAUUGGUGCUAAUAAGUAGUGCUGGCCAAUAUUAAGAAGCGCAGAUCAUUCUCUCCCUGUCCCCUUAGCACUCACCUCUGUAACAUGCCUCUACCUUACCCUGAGGCACCACAAGAAGUAAAAGGGAAAUUGUCACUGUCCUUCAGUCCCCCCCACAAACACUACAGUAAAGAGGUAUUACCAAGUCUGAUAAAACAGACAAAGGUCGCUGGCCCACAUGUGCAAUCACAGAAUAUCCCAAGUUGGAUUGGACCAGUAAGGACUGAGCCUCACUCCUGGCUCCACACAGGACCACCCAAAAUCCAACAGUGCAUCAACUACCACCCUCCCAAAAAUUAACUCCGCUUGAACCCAUCUAUUCAGGUCCACAUUACCUUCGUGUGGCAAGAAUCCUCCAUUCCACAGGUAUGCCAGCACCCCCCCACUCACCCACCUCCAGCGAGGGCUCCUCACAUUCUACACAUGGGGGACAUUUCCAUUACAAUUCAGAGGGUCGCCAACAGAUGUUCCCAACCCCUCGGAUUUGACUUCUUUUAAGAACGGGGGCAAAUGUCGUUUUAUGCUCCAAAAAUAAAGACAAAGUUCACAA